AUGACGACUUGGGGGCUGGACCCGCUUCUGCAUGUUCCCUUUCAGCUGAUGAUCUUUCAGGUCCAUGCCCUUGUCCCCGUGCCUGCCUGCGAAGGAGUGUACAGUCACCAUGGACACCCUGUCAGCAUGGUCGAGAUCAUGGGAGUCAUUCAGAGCGUAAACCGCGCAAUAAAGUACAUGAGUUACAUAGUGGACGAUGGGACAGGAGCGAUUCAGUGCGUCAUGUGGAUCCCGGACAACUAUCUAAUGGUGCAGGAUACGAACUCGAUUCAAGGACUGAAAGCGUUUUCGUUGGGUGAUGUUGUCAGAGUGAAGGGGUAUCUGGAAGCCUUCCGAGAUUCUAUACAGAUUGAUGUCCAGCCUGGAUGCAUUGUGGGGUGCGAAGACCCAAACGCGGAGACGCUUUUCCGAUUGCAAGUGUUGAAUCUAGAGCGAGAUGUGUACUCCAAGCCGAUGGAGUUGCCAAACUUUGUGCAGGAACAAUUCGGGGUAGUGACCCCUUUGGGUAAAGAGGAGAGUAUCAAAGGAGAUUGUACCAAAGGAGAGGCGGCUACCAAAGGAAAUUCCACCAAAGGAGGUGCCACCAAAGGAGAGGCGGCCACCGUAGAAAAGGCUGCCAAGGAAGAGGUCACCAAGGCAGAGGUCGCCAAGGAAGAAAUCGCUAAAAUAGAGAUCACCGAAAGGACACUGCUUGACCGGUUACGUGCCUGGGUAAUAGGACGCAAGGAGUUCUGUAUCUUGGAGCUAAUGGAUGACGAGAUGAACAAGCAGAUAGGUGCAGAAGUCGCCAAGAAAAGGUAUACGUGCGAGCGUGUCGACAAGGCUACUUCUGAAAACUUGCCUGCUGGCUCAGACGACCUGGCCCUGAACCUCGAGAUCUGCGACCAGAUUCGCUCAAAGCAGGUCUCGCCCAAGGAUGCCGCAAAAGCCCUCAAGCGCCGCAUUGGCCACAAGAAUCCCAACGUCCAGAUGCUUGCUCUCGGAUUGACGGAUGUGUGUGUCAAGAACGGAGGACAUCACUUCUUGGUCGAGAUUGCAGCGCGCGAGUUCAUCGACAACUUGACCUCGAUUCUGAAGGCACCUGCUGGAUGCAACUUGGAAGUCAAGAACCGCAUUUUGGGACUUAUUCAGACCUGGGGACUCCUCUUCCGCGGGAAACAUGGACUCGGAUAUGUCUGCGACACGUAUAUGAUUUUGCAGCACGAAGGCUUCCAGUUCCCUCCAAAGGAUAACGUUGGCGCAGCCUUAGUCGAGUCCGAAGCUCCCCCAGACUGGACAGAUUCUGACGUGUGCACUCGGUGCCGCUCGGCUUUUACGCUGACGAACCGCAAACACCACUGUCGUGCUUGUGGGUCGACCUUUUGCGGCCAGUGCUCGUCAAAGACUAUGGCACUUCCCAACAUGGGCGUUACACAGGAUGUCCGUGUCUGUGAUGGAUGCUGGAUGAAGAAGAAACUUGGACCCAAGAGCGCUGUUGCCCUGGAGAGCCAUGGACUAGGCGGCGGACUGGAGUACAUCCCCUCGACAGCCAAGACAGGACCUACGACCCAUAACACAACACACUCGUCUUCAAAGCCCUCAGGAACUACCAGUUCGACUUCGGCAUCCCGUAGUGCAGCAGACGAUGAUGCAGACUUGCUGAAGGCUAUCGAGUUGUCGUUGAAGGAGUCUCAGACACAGACUGGAUACUCGGCCCCAAAGCGCUCCAAUACUGAGCCUGUUAAGAAGGCUCCUGUCCCAACAGAGGAAGAAGAGGAUGCUGACUUAUUGGCUGCCAUUGAGGCUUCUCUGCGUGAAACGAACAUUCGCUCGUCUUCGUCUGCUGCAGCUCCACGCUCCAGCCAGCGUCAGUCAUCAUACUCAUCAUACACCUACUCCAAGAAGCCCAUUGCGGCUGCGGCUGUUUCUCAGCACGAGUUGACGGAAACGGAAAAGUCCAACAUUGAGAUGUUCUCAAUACUGGUUGACAGGAUUCAGACUAUGCAGGGCGAUGUUGCUGGCAACAGGGAGGUUCAAGCACUCUAUGAGCAGAUCUCUAAGCUGCAAAUGAAGGUUGCCCUCAGCCUCGAAGAAGCCGCCAGGAAGCAACAGGAGUUUGUGGGAUUCAAUGACAAGAUUGACCAUGCUGUCAGGAUUUACGACCAUCUGUUGCAGGAGCGGUUGAAUUCAUCUUACCAGCGCCGGAUGACCGCGACUAACUAUGCCCAACCAGGAAUGUACAACAACAACGCCCCAAUGACUCCUCAAACUCCUCAAACCAGUCAUAUAUACCCACAGAUGAGCAACACCGAUUCUCGGUACGCCCAGUAUGUCCCCUCAUCGGGACCCUAUGGCGGAACACCGUCGGCUCAACAGACUCCACAGAUUCCCUUCCAGCAGGCCCCUUACCAGCAGCAGCAGCAGCCACAACAGCCACAGCAACAACCGUCCUACCCAUACCAAACCAACCAACCUCCACAGACGUCGGGAUCACCCAAUGCUUACAACGUCACCUCACCAGUCGCAUCGGACCAGCAGCCUUAUUCUACAGCCCCUGUACAGCAGAACCAGUAUGGUGUUCAGCAGCAACCACAGCAACCGAUCCAACAGCAGCCUCAGACACAGCCUCAGACACAGCCCCAGCAGCAACAGUUUGCGCCUCAGUACCAGUCAUCAGUUCCUCAGCAGUAUACUAACGGAAGCGCAGCGCCAGCGGUCACGUCACCUGUUGUUCAGUCUUCCGUCCCUGCCAAUGGUCAACUGCCCAUCAGUAACGGAUAUCAGCCUAUGGGACAGACGAUUCAGUCACCUCCUCCUCAGCAACAGCAGCAGCAGUCGUUUGCACCAGUAGCUCAGCAGUCAGCCUAUGUGCCCUAUGAUCCUCAGCAGCAGCAGCAGCAGCAGCAACAGCAGCAGCCAUUGCAGUCGCAGGCACCAGUGAUUCAGCCUCAGUUCUCGGGAUCUGCAGCGCCUGCCCAGUCUCAGUAUGCGCCUUAUCAGCAGCAGCAACCCCAGCAGCAGCAGCAACAGGCUUAUGCACCCAUUGCUCAGCCUAAAGUUGAGGAGGCACCCUUGAUCGAGCUCUAG